UCCUCGCUUUUCAAAGUGGGUAACACAUCUCUCUCUCCUCUUUCUCUUACUCUUUCUCUCUCCUCUUUUAGCUUCAGUUUUACAGCAGACACAGAAAGGAGAGGAGAGAGUGAGAGUGGAUUCAUCUGUCUUUCUCUCUCUAUUACAAGCAUGCAAGCCCUGAACCAUGUCAUAGUUUUCACUUUUACCACUCCCAACUCCCUUUAUUCACACCCACUGGUCACCUCUCUCACCACUACUACUCCACUAGCUCUGAAUUCCCACGUCCAUGGAGGACUCGGCCGACGUCUCGGCGGUGCUCGAAUUCCUGAGAGCAAACGGGUUUUCGGAGGCCGAAUCCGCUCUCAAAGAGGACAUGAUUGAGAAAGGCGAACUGGGUUCUUUCGAUUACGAGAAGUUCUUGUUUCCGAUGGUUCCUCCGCUGCCGCCGGUCAGAAUUCCGGCGAGUUUCCGACGACCUGAGGUUCAGGGCGGUGGAGAAUGCUCGGGAUCGAGCUCCGCGGAGGACGAUGAGUUUGUGAGCUUGGGGUCUUCUACUUCUAACAAGUGCUCUUCAGAAUUUACAAAUCCGUAUGGAGUUCGAUCAACAUCUCCAAGCAGUUCCCAGGCUUCAUCUGAUAGGUUCUCUCAGUUUGGCACGGCACGCGAUUACCACGAUUUCGAUAUGCAAAAUGACCUGUUCUGGCACGAUGAGAAAGAUGAUGGAGGAGACUUCAUGACUCCUUGCUUUGAAGGGCCAGACUUCUUCGCCUGUCCCACUGAGGAUAAGUUCAUCAUGACUUCCGAUACAGACAAGGGGAACGAGAAAGUGCUGGGUCUGAAUUAUAAAUCCGAGGCAUUUCAAUCGGAAAUAAGCCUCGAUUGCCUGGACAAGAGUUGUCUUACUGAUGUUUCUCCCGUGGAUGAUACAAGGGAGGUUUAUGCGACGAAUUAUUAUCAUUUUGAAAAGAAAAAUCAGUUGGAAGAAGGCUUUGAGGAACAUUCUGCAGAAUGCUGCUAUCCAAGUUUGAAAGAAACCGAUUUCAACAAUUGCCAAUUAGAUGUUUCGGGGGGUAUCCUUCAUAUGGAUAUUGAUUCUGCUCCAUAUCACAAGUUAAGCAAAAGUUCUAAUUACUCAGCCAAAAGGAGUUCGAAAAAUGGGUCCUCUGGUUUAGACGAUAAUGUUGCAGUGAAAGAUUUCAUGCCAAAGGGAGUUAAAGGAUAUGAAGGAGUCGGUGAAGUAAAGAAAGGAUCCCACGAGCCUGAGGUUGGUGCUGAUGGAGAUGGUGUUGCUCCCGAUGAUUUUUUGAUGUACAAUAAUGACAAGGAUUAUGAAGUUUUCGAGUUGAGAAUCGUACACAGGAAGAACAGGACCGGAUUUGAAGAAAGCAAGGAUUUCCCCAUUGUGCUAAAGACUGUAAUUGCAAGCAGAUACUAUGUAACGGAAUAUCUUGGUUCAGCAGCUUUCAGUAAGGUUGUACAGGCUCAUGAUCUUCACACAGGAGUCGAUGUUUGCCUUAAGAUCAUAAAGAAUGAUAAAGAAUUUUUCGAUCAGAGUCUGGAUGAGAUUAAACUUCUAAAGUUUGCCAACAAAAAUGACCCUGCAGACGAACACCACAUUUUGCGACUUUAUGACUACUUCUAUCAUCAGGAGCAUCUCUUCAUUGUUUGCGAACUCCUUCGGGCAAACUUGUAUGAAUUUCAGAAGUUCAGUCAAGAAUCUGGUGGAGAAGCUUACUUCACAAUAAGAAGGUUGCAGAUUAUAACCCGUCAAUGUUUAGAGGCAUUGGACUACUUGCAUCGCUUGGGAAUUAUCCACUGCGAUCUAAAGCCUGAAAACAUUCUUAUAAAAAGUUACAGAAGAUGUGAAAUAAAGAUAAUUGAUCUUGGAAGCAGUUGCUUUCGCACGGACAACCUGUGUCUAUAUGUGCAAUCUCGUUCCUAUAGAGCUCCUGAAGUCAUUCUUGGCCUCCCUUAUGACGAGAAGAUUGACAUGUGGUCUCUUGGCUGUAUAUUGGCGGAGUUAUGCUCUGGAGAAGUGCUCUUUCCAAAUGACGGGGUUGUAAUGAUCCUUGCGCGCAUGAUUGGAAUGCUUGGUCCUAUCGAUCUGGAUAUGUUAGUGAAAGGUCAGGAGACCGAUAAGUACUUCACAAACGAGUUAGAUCUUUACCACAUAAAUGAGGAAACAAGCCAACUGGAAUACAUAAUCCCAGAGGAGUCCUCCUUGGAGAAUCACCUGCAAGUAACCGACAUUGGGUUUAUCGACUUUGUCAAAAGCCUGCUUGAAGUCAAUCCUGAGAGACGCCCAACCGCAAGGGAAGCACUAGAGCACCCAUGGCUUUCCUACACAUAUGAAUGAACUCAUGGGGUACGUAGCAGUUCUCCUUGUGGGUUCAUUUGUAAAUUGAGUUUUGAAGAGCAAUUUUCGAACCACGAUCUGCAUCCGGUGAACACUGGACUGCGAUGCGCUUCGGAUUUCAGUUUUGGUUUCGUGUACAUGGCCUUGUUUUGCAUUGUCUAUCGUAUAUUCUCUCGUUCUGAUUUAACAUAUUCAUACUUUUCUUGUUCAAAAAAUGUAAUGUUUGAGUGGCUAGGUCAUACAAAUGUAUAAAACGUUCUGCAUUAAUAUGGUGUUGCUUUCUGAUUCACUUAUUCUAAAGAAAUUCAAUUUUUCUGAUGCUUAAAA